AUGCGAGCUUACGCAGACAACAAGGCUGGCAUUGUUGUUAAUCUGGCACUCGGUACUAGCUUUGACACAGUUGAGGAAGCGUAUGAGUUUUACAACCUAUACUCCUCAGAGAUGGGCUUUGGCGUGAGGUAUGCCAAGAGCAGGUUGAACGUCCAUCGGACAUGUAUGCAGGAGUUCAUGUGCGCAUGUGCGGUGAGGGUGAUUCAUUAA